GAAGGGAGAGAGAGGAGGAGGGGGAGGGGGGCGUCCCUACUGGGCCGACGCCUCCCUCUCGCCCGGCCUGGGCCUCAUCAGCGACGCCUUCUCCAACACCUUCUCCAACACCUCCAACAAUGCGUCAUUCGACAACAUUUCCUUCUCCAACAAUGCGUCCUUCAACAACAGUUGCUUCUCCAACAAUGCGUCCUUCAACAACAGUUCCUUCUCCAACACCUUCCCCAACAACAGCUCCUUCUCCAACACCGUCCCCAACAACAGCUCCUUCUCCAACACCGUCCCCAACAGCGCGACCUUCUCCAACAACGCGGCCUACCCUAACAACGCCACCUUCUCCACCACCUUCCCCAGCAACACUUUCCCCAACAGUGGGUCCUCCACCACCUUCUCCCACCCUCCCCAGCAACAAUUUCUCCAACACCUUCCCCAACAACAGCUUCUCCUCUAACACCUUCCCCAACAGCACAUCCUCCAACGGCUUCUCCACCAACACCUUCCCCACCACCUCCUCCAUCAACACCAGCACCUUCUCCAACACCUCCCCCGCGAGCACCUUCCCCUCCAACACCGCCAGCUUCUCCAACACUUUCUCCCCCACCAGCAGCAGCCGUGAGGAGGUGAGCGCGCGGCUGCGGGCGCUGGCCCUCGCCUCCAACGCCUUCUCCAACACCACCUUCUCCCCCAACAACGCCUCCAAUACCUCCUUCUCCCCCUCCAACGCCAACACCUUCUCCAACCCCUUCUCCAACGCCAACACCUUCUCCCCCUCCAACCCACCCUCCAACGCCAACACCUUCUCCCCCUCCAACGCCAACACCUUCUCCAACGCCUUCUCCAACAGCAGCUUCUUGGCGCUGACCUCCGAGAGCGGCGGAGAGAUCUCCCCCAACAACAACACGGUCUCCAACAUCCCCAACAUCCCCAACAACACGGUCUCCCCCAUCUCCAACACCAGCAGGGUCCCCAACACGGUCUCCUUCAUCCCCAACACCAGCAGGGUCCCCAACACGGUCUCCCCCAUCCCCAACAACACGGUCUCCCCCAUCCCCAACAACACGGUCUCCCCCAUCCCCAACAACACGGUCUCCCCCAUCCCCAACAACACGGUCUCCUUCAUCCCCAACAGGGUCUCCCUCAUCCCCAACACCAGCAGAGUCCCCAACACGGUCUCCCCCAUCCCCAACACCAGCAGGGUCCCCAACACGGACAGCGCCGCGGGCCCCGGGCUGCCCCUCGAGGCCCCCGAGGACGCCCCGCUGCCUCCCGUGCCCGAGGGAGCGGUCCUCAAGGGGGGCGGGACGAGGGGAGGGGGAGGGGGGGCGCUCCUCCUCGAGGCCGAGGGCCCCGACGGACUCAGGUCCCCCAGGUGGGACCCGAGACCCGACUUCCCUCCAUACACGUCCUCCUCGUCGUCGUCCUCCUCGUCCUCGUCCUCGUCCUCCUCGUGCUUCCCUUCGUCCUCCUACAAGGGCGAGUUCGGCGUCCACAAGGCCGGCCUGAGCAGGGACGCGGCGGCGGCGGCGGGAGGAGGCGUCGCGUCCUCGCCGGCGGGCCCUCCUCUGGGCCCUCCUCCUCCUCUGGGCCCUCCUCCUCCUCUGGGCCCUCCUCCUCCUCUGGGCCCUCCUCCUCUAGGGCCUCCUCCUCCUCCGGGGCCUCCUCCUCCUCCGGCGUCGGGCGUGGCGCCGACGCAGGAGCUGCUCCCUUCGGCGUCGGCGGGCGGGCGCGCGUCGCCGGCGGCCAGCGAGGCCAGCAAGACGGAGUCGGCGCUGUCCCCGCCCUCGCACGCCUCCGACGUGAGCAAGAGCGAGUCGGCGCGGCAGCUGAGCCUCGGCAGGGCCUCCGUCGGCAGGGCUUCCGUCGGCGACGCCGGCAGCAGCAAGGGGGGCUCGUCGGCCGCGUCCUGCUCCUCCUCCGUCGACUACGCCCUCACGCUGCUGCCCUCCCUCAGGAAGCAGCUCAGCGUCAGGACGGCCAACAUCAUCGACAUCUCGAGCGAGCAGAGGGCCGUCGCGGCGCUCGGGAAGCCUCCGUCGAGCCUGCAGGUGAGCGAGGCCUCCGUGCGGGGCCUCCACGCCGCCUCGACCUCGACCUCGACGGGCGAGCGCGGCGAGAGGGAGCGAGGCGAGCGAGGCGAGAGGGAGAGGGAGCGAGGCCACCACGCCGAGAGGGAGAAGAGGGAGAAGAGGGAGGAGAAGCCGUGGUAUGAGGUGUCAGACGAGGACGACGACGACGCGGACAUCCUCCUCCCCGACCGACUCUGCUUUCACAACAGUGAAAACAGUGCUGCCAACGUCGACAACAGUGAAAACAGUUCUGCCAACGUUGACAACAGUGAAAAAGGUGCUGCCAACGUUGACAACAGCGAAAACAGUGCUGCCAAUGUUGACAACAGUGAAAACAGUGCUGCCAAUGUUGACAACAGUGAAAAAGGUUCUGCCAACGUCGACAACAGUGAAAACGGUGCUGCCAACGUCGACAACAGCGCCGACAGUGAAAACGGUGCUGCCAGCGUGAGAAAUGACACUU